AUGGCUGGUCUGAAUGUGUCCCUCUCCUUCUUCUUUGCCACUGUUGCCCUCUGUGAAGUGGCCAGGAGGGUGUCCAAGGCCCUGCUACCCACGGUCGCCUAUGACAACUUCGCCCGGGAGGCAGUAGGCGCAGCCCAGCUCGGGGCCUGUUGCCUGGAGAUGAGGGUGCUGGCGGAGAUCGGGCCCUGGGCUGGGGGCUUCGGGCCCGACCUGCUGAUGACACUGCUCUUCCUGCUCUUCCUGGUGCACGGGGCCACCCUGGACGGGGCCUCAGCCAACCCUGCCGUGUCCCUGCAGGAGUUCCUCAUGGCUGAGGCGUCCCUGCCCAGCACACUGCUGAAGCUCGUGGCCCAGGGGCUGGGUGUGCAGAUUGCCUGUGCCCUGACACGGGUCUGCUGGGCCUGCGAGCUGAGCGACCUGCACCUGCUGCAGAACCUCAUGGCCCAGCACUGCAGCUCUGCCCUGCACACAUCCGUGACCCAUGGGGCACUCGUGGAAGGAGCCUGUGCCUUCUGCUUCCAUCUGACCCUCCUCCGCCUGCAGCACAGCCCUCCUAUCUACAGGGUGUCAGCCGUAGCCCUGCUGGUCACCGUCACAGCCUAUACAGCUGGUCCCUUCACAUCCGCCUUCUUCAACCCCUCCCUGGCUGCCGCUGUCACCUUCCACUGCUCAGGGCACACGGCACUGGAGUACGUUCAGGUGUACUGGCUGGGCCCUUUUGCAGGGAUGGUCCUGGCCGUGCUGCUGUACCAAGGCCACCUGCCUCGACUUUUCCAGAGGAACCUGCUUUAUACUCAGAAGAACAAAUAUCGAACCCCCCGAGGGAAGCUGGUGCCAGGCUCUGGAGAACCCCCGGAGCCCACCUAGGGCUGCAGUGGCUGGAAGUGUGGGCACAGAGGGGUGGGAUGGCCGUGAAGCUCCCGCUGGCACCCUGCUGGGCACAAGCCCCAUGAGGGCUGUGCCCCUGGCCGUUCCCUGGAACCUCCCAGAGCCAAGCAGGAGCCCUGGCCUCCCUCCCCAGAAACCAGUUGUCAAUAAACAGUUCCUUAACCUGCUGUCC